AACGCAAUGAAUGCCGUCCGAUCGUGUUUCGCUGAAUCAGCCUUGCUACUGUUAUUCACGGUAGUCGGCCCCAACUCGAUCGUUUUCGCGACCGUUGAAACCGCUGCCAAAUCCUCGGCGGUCGUCCGUUUGACGUGUUGUUCUACUCCCGGCGAUGUUGGUGGUAACCCGGCUUGUCAGUACGAAAACCAAACGUUUCAUAGAAUCGAAAUAAUCGGUGGAAGUGGCUUUGAGUCAUGCCCGAAGCCAUACGGCUCCGGUGCAGAUGCACUGCAACUUGUUCAAAAGUGUUGUCCACCAGACCAGAAUUAUGAUCCGGAAACGCUAUCUUGUCAAGCGGUUGAAAACGGCCAAGAAUCCACCAACGACUUCCAGUGGCUGAUGUUGAAGAUGUUACUACUGCCGGACCGGAUUCGGGACACUGUCACCGUGCUUGGUUACAAGUACGGACCGACAAUGUGCCAGGACGGCGAGGUGCUGAUUGAUGUAGUCAAUAAGUCAACAGCCAUUGAGCCGCUGUUGUCGGAAGACCUUAAUUGUUUUGACGUGACACCACCACCGGGAUUGCAGUUGGUGGCCCGAAAGUGCCGUCCAAAAGUCCCUUAUUGUGAUGAGAAAAGCGGCCGGUAUACAUGCGUAAAUAAAUGCUGUAGAGGCAACAAAAUAAUCGGUUCCAAGUAAGUGCCCUUGCAACCCACCUCCUCUCUACAACUCCUUCUCCGUGAGUGUUCCGCAUUAUAAUAUAAAUCCGGCAGGAAUAGAAUAACGGGAGCCUGGGCUAUAGUAAAAUAGAGAACGGAAAAAAUUCUAGAAUGUUGUACAGAUAAGUAGUUAGAGAGGAAGAAUAACCAUAAGGUAAUUUUAUUUUAUAUUCUAAUUGCAAUAAUAAAUAAAUAAAUCUUUGCAAAUACAACAAAAUUUAUAUACAAUUUAAACAAAUUUUGCUAAAUUAAAAAUAAAAAAUAAAUUAAUUUUUAACUAAAAAAUGAUCCAUAAUUUGUGAAUAUGUUAUGAACUCAAACAGCUUAAACACUUUUUUAUUUCUAUUUGUUUGAGUAAUAAGAGAAACUAAAAUAACUUGUUGUAUUACAUUUAUACGAGAUCAAAAUAUUUCUAUGAAUAAAUCAAAAAAAUAAAUAAAAUAAAUCAGUGAUUAAGAGUUGUUUAUUAAAUUUUCCCCGUUGUUUUAACAAUUAUACCUAAUUUGUGAAAAACUGGAAAUAGUUUUUAAAUUGCAACAAUAAUGUUGAAAACAUUUGAACUUUACCAAUGUAAUAAUUUUUUUUUUUUUUUAAAUCUCGACCAACAUUGUAAAAACUAAAAAUUACGGAAAAUAAAAAAAAAACUAUGUUAAAAUGGUUUAUCUUUACAUACAGAUAAAGAUUAAAUCAUUUUUGUCCAAAUUACUCAACUUUCAAACUUUACACUUGCAAUAGUAAUCAGUAACAUACCCAUCGGCAUUAUCAGGUUCUUUUUUUUGAUUUCAACGAACUUAUAACAUACAUUAUAAUUAUUAUAAUACAAAUGAGAAAAAUAAUUAUAAGUAUGCGCAUCGUAACCGUAAGGAAAAAAAGUUGGGGAAGUACUUUAAGAAGGUCAUUUUAUUUUAAGGAGAUUAAUUUUCUCAGGAGAUUUCUUAACAAAUGUGAAAAACCGAAAAAAAAACAGGAGGAAAAACGGGAAAAUGUACGAAAUAUAUUUUAGUACAUUAUUAAGAUUUUUUUUUCCUGUAAACGAUUUUUUUACCAUCAAUUUUGUUUCAACUUAAAUUAACAGCAAUAUCUUUAAAAUGAAAUAUCAUCGGAGAGGUAUUUUAAAGAGGUUUUAUUUCGAUUUUCAGUGGAGAUGUCUCAACAAAUGUGAAAAACCGAAAAAAACAUAAAAAUGUAUGAAAUGUAGGUAUUAGUUAAAUAUAUUACAGCCUUCUUUUUUUUCUGUGCACAACUUUUCUACAAGCAAUUUCGCUAAAAUAUAUAACGAUAGUAAUUUUUCUUAAAAGAAAUUUUACUAGCGAGGUACUUUAGAGUGUUAAUUUUUCGUCUUUCUCAGGAGUUUUCCCAGCAUAUGUGAAAAUCGGAAUAAAACCGGGAAAAAAACAUGGUGAAUUUGGUACAAUAUUUUAUAAAUAUUAUUAAAGAAAAUAUAAUAUAAUGACUAUUUAAUUAUUUUGCCAUAAUAUAACAUAGAUAUUGUUGACAUUGUAUUACUAUCAACUGAACUCCUCUCAGAAUUGUUUUUUCAUUGGUAAUGGUUUAUUGUGGCUUUCAGGUAUACAUUAAAUUAUCUAUAACAAUGGCUGCACCCGUCCCCAUUAUCCUAGAACGUCUUUUUAAAUUUUCUUUUUAAGCGAUCACUUAAAUGUACACUAUUUGUACAAGAAAGUUUACAUUGAUGUGUUCGAUCUAUAUGAUGUAAACUCUUUUCUGAAAGAAAAUUUUCUUGGGGUCGUACUUAAGGCAGGUCAUAUUUCGAUUUUUUUCAAUAAUUUUCUCAUCAAAUGUGAAAAAACGAAUAAAACGGAGGAAAACGGGAAAAUGUAUUAAGUCUAUUCAAUUAUUUUACCAUAAUAAUUUUCACAGAUUGAUUCAAAGGUAUCGAAAAAAAUGUUGUCCUCAGAUUGGCCCACCUAAAGUAAAAGUUCUAGAGCCACCACUGGUAAUCAGUGGCCGGUUUUUUUUUCCUGUGGACAACUUUUAUAUCAGCAAUUUCGCUCUAAUCUAUUACAAUUGCAAUGUUUCAAAAAGGGAAUUUCACUAGGGGGGUACUUUAAAUAGGUAAUUUUAUUAUUUUGUCAGGAUUUUUCUCAUAAAGUUUAAAAAUUCGAAGAAAAAAAAACUGAAGAAAAACGGGAAAAUAUAAGAAGUGUAGGUAUUAGUUAAAUUUCUCUGUAAACUUUGCUGAUUAAUUCAUUUAAGAAUAUUGUUUCUGCGCUAUGGAGUUUUUGAGCUAUUUUUAAACUUGAUAGACUCGAAUAAUCUAAAACCUAAUAAAAUAAAAACAAAUUUAUAUGAUUUGAUUAAUAUUGAUGGUAACUUUAAGAUUAUAAACAGAGUACAAACAGGAACGUCUUCAGUCCUCCGACCUUAAGUAUGGUUGAAGGGGGGUCGAAAUAAUUAAAUUUAAUAUUAAUGAUUGAUAAGAAAGAAAUACGGACAUACUUCGUACGAUGGGUGGACGUGUACCACUGUUGUAUAUAAGAAGUCGGAAUGUGGGAUAUUGAGGGAAAUUUAAUGUAAAUCUGUAUCUAAGCAAAUUUAAGCAUUACCAAUAAAAAACGAUUCUGAGCGGAGCGUAGUUAAUAAUAUUGCUCAGGGGCGUCUUCCGGUCAAUUCCAAGGAGGUGGGUUGCGGCAAACAAUUUAUUUUUAAUACUACCGUUUUGGUCAACAAAAACUUAAAACCUUUAUGUCUGAAGUCAUUUCAACCAUAAUUAGCUUAGAAGUCUGCAGAUUUAUUGUACAAAUGCAGUAAAACAGUACAGUUUAAAAGUUAUAUUUAUUAUUUUCAUAUUAAAUAAAUAAUGAUUAUAAUGAUGAUCGUAGUUAAUAUCAAAAAUAAUAAUAAUAAUUAUUAAUAAAAGUAAGAGGACCAAGUCAAAAAUACUUUCAUUUUAAGCAGCGUUGUGCUAGCGUCCAAAAUCAACAAUAUUUUCUACAUUAAUGUUUUCAUUUCGAUGAAUAUUUAUAAAUGAUAAGCCAGUUAGCUUCUGCUCAAUUUUUUUUUUUUACUACAAAUUACGACUUUUAAUGAACACCAUGUUAAAUUCUCAAGCAUUUCUGUUUGGUCUAACAAUUUUAUUCAUAGAGUACCUACCGAAUAAAAUCUACGUACAAAACUCACAAAAUAAAAAUGUCUAUACGUUGCUCAAAAAUUAUAACACAUCAAGAAAAGGCAAGUAUAAGUUUUCUCUCCAAAUUUCAAGUCUUUACGAAUAUUUUUAACUAAAUUAAAUAAAAAACAAAAUUGAAAAUAAUAAAAGCAUUAUAUUCGCUAAUUUUCCUGUUUUUCUUACAGUUUAUGGAUAUUUUUAUAUUAUGAAAACUGCUUGGAAAAUCAAAACAUGAUCUUCCUAAAAUAUCAUAUAGUCAAUAUGACAAUAUUUUUUUUCAAAAAAAGUGCUAUACAUACAAUACUUACUUAUUAAAUUAAGAUUUCUGGUAGAAAUCUUUGUCGUAGUAUAAAAAAAAAAAAAAAAACAUUUUAAAUCCAAUAGGUACAUUAUUCGAUACAUUCAUAAUCUAAAAUUUAAAUGAUAUUAUGUAUCAUUUUUUUUCGGUUUUGCUCAAUUAUUAAAAAAAAUAACAAAGAAUAUCAAAAAACAACUUACUUGUUCACAUCAACAAGAUUACAAAUGUAACAAAAAAAAAUGUCUUGAUAUUUUUUUUAAUUUUUAAUUUUAAAUAAAAAAUUAUUUAUAAAAUUAUUUUAUGUAUCAAAAAAUGACUUAUAUGGCAAAAUAUUAAAAGGAACCAAAUCGAUCCCUAGUCAUUUUUGGAUUGGAAAAAUAUUUCUGAUAGAAAACAUCAUAUAAACAUAAUGAAAACGGUAAUACCGCGGUGUGACGUAAAUAUUUGCCAUUUUACCUAUUAUUUUUUUUCGGUUUUUCCCAAUUAUUACGAAGAUUAAAAAUAACUUCGCCAAUAUAUCAACCAGAGAAAAUAACCUUUCAGAAAGGUGCUGCAGUCUAAACCUCAGAGAUAGUUUUCUGAUAGAAAAGUUUGUUCAAAGACAAAAAAAACAAUACAUACAUCAUAUAGUAAAACUAAUAAAAUAUAGACAUUAUUAUAAAACCAAUAAGCUCCUCGUUCACUUAGAAUUUAAAAAGCUGUCCUAGGAUAAUGGAAAUAGAUGCACCCUCUGUUAUAGCUGGGAAUUUGAGAAAAUAUUAGUGAGGAAAUUUAUAGGAUAUUUGUAAGCAAUGAUAAACCAUUGCUAACAAAAAAAAAAAUAUUCUGAGAGGAAUUUGGUUAAUAGUGUUGUCAACGAUAUAUGCAUUGAACAUUUUGUUUAAUAGUGUACCUAUUUUCCCGUAUUUCCUACGUUUUUCCUGGUUUUCUAAUGUUUUUCCCCAUUUAUUAGGAUAACUCCCGGGAAAACGAAAAAAUUAUCUCCUUAAAGUAUCUCCCCAGUCCGACUUCCUUUUAGAAAAAUAAUCUACACUUGUAAAUCGAAGAAAUUAUUUAUAAAAAAUUUGUUUUGUAGACAGAAAAACAACAUACAUCAUUGUAAAACCAAUGAAUCCCUCAUUACGCUUAAAAUCAAAAAUAAUUUCAAUAUAUUCUGUUAGUAAUAUUAAAUAAUCAAAACUUUUUCAAAGUUAAAAUUCUUCAAACCCAAUUCCUACAGUUUUGUCUAGCUUUUCGGUCCAAAAUGUGAUAUGUAUUCGUCCAUAAAAAUGGCCGAACUCUGGCUUCUCAAAUAGGUGACCCUGGGUAGUAGAUAAGCAAAAAAAUCUAACUAAUUACUAAAGUGGUUACUUGAAUGUUCAAUCGAAUUUUUAAUUUUUACGGAAUGAAGGAAAACCACCAGUUCCUAAACGAAAUAAAAAAUCGUUUAGAUUGCAGGUAACCGACUAUCUCAGUCAUUAAGUCUUAAUGAAUAAAAAAUUUCAACGUUUGGCUAUUUUUGCGAUAAACACAGAAUAUCUUACCGGUAAAGCACGAUUCCGUACGUUUUACCUUUUUGAGAACACGAUUCCGUUCGAUUUUGAAUAAUGGAUUGUCAAAAUGACCCCGACGACAAAUACUAUGAAAUAGUAAUAAUAUACCUCUUAAGACUUUGUGGCUACUUACAUCAUUCCAAUGAUAAUGGACGUAAAACACCAUGUGGUUUAGUGGUUUUUUUUUUUGCAAUAUUAGAACAAAUUUUUAAUCAGAGGUCAUUUGUGAAACUAUCACAGUAUAUGAUUAUGUGGAGUAAUUUUGUUCAUUUUUUGUUUAACCUUAAAUUCGAUUUAGGAUACAGUAUAUGGUUUAUGUUUAAAAUAUACAACUACCUUAUCGAAAUUCAUCGAUAUAUUUGGCCGUUUGGAGGAAUGCAUUUUUAAUUUUAUUUUAAUAUAAUUUUAAAAUUGAUAUUAUUUUUUAAUUUCAGCGUAAACUAAAUUGACUGAAAAAUAUUACGACGAUACACGUGGUUUUAGCGACAUCCGGAGCAACGAUAUUGUAUUAAAACGAUUUUACUAUUAUUUUCUCGUGAAAAAUACUUUAUGGUUUUCAUAAAAAUUUGAUUUUUACAUGAGUAUACAAAAAAAAAAAGAGCUGACACUUAGGACGAGUGUACUACUUGUAAGUGAAAAGUUUGAAAGGUAGAAUAUAUACAUUUCUUUAAUUUAUAUCUGAGGGUAACAAUAAACCAUUGCUAACGAAAAAAAAUUUGGAGUGAAGUUUAUUAAUAAAUGUUUUGAAGGCCGUAAUAUUUAUGAUUUUGAUCUAGUAUUAAAACUCGUAUGAAAAUAAAAAUACUACAUUACACAUAUAUAUUUUUUUUACUUCUUAGUGAAACUUAUAAUUAACCUACUGUAAAAAUAAUAAAAAAUAAUAUACUAUAAGGAGUGAGAAUUCUAAAUUUAAAUCCCCCCUCCUGAAAUAUUUUUCUCGCCAUGUUUCUAAGUGUGAUAAAUAAUUAUUAUUGAAAUUUAUUCAGUUGGGAAGAUAUUAUUUUAGAGACAUUAAAAAUGUGAAACUAUAUUAUUUUGUUAUGUUUUAUUGAUUUUUUGUAAAAUUUGUAUAAAUUUAAAUUUAAAUUAAAUAAAUACAUUUUUUUUCUCCGGAAUUAUUUAACUGUGUUUAACUUCUACCAUGCUUUAUAUUUUAAACUAAAUUACAGUUAUUAGAAUAUAAUUUUGAAUUUUUAGUGAGCUUCAUGUUAUAAAUAUAAUAUGGUCUAAUAGUAUUAUAAUAUUUGAGUUGGUGUCCUCUGGUUUAGAGAUAAGUUAACUAUUUCAAUUUAGAUAUAGGUAACUUUUAUAGGUGACCUUUAUGUAUAACAUGUAUUGCGUAUGUAUAUAAUAUAUACCUAAAUGAGUGCAUGAGUUACUUAUAUAUUCAUGUAUUCGCGUAAGGGAUAAGUUAGCUUAUUUGUUUCAGAAUAUUUUUGAUUCUGAGUGGAACAAGGAAUGUAUUAGUUUUAAAAUGAUGUUUAUUUUUUUUCUGUCAACAACUUAUCUACCAGCAAUUUUUCUCUGAUUAACAAUGAUAGAACUUUUUCUGAUAGAAAAUCUGACUGGAGUGGUACUUUAGGGCGGUCAUUUUUUGAUUUUUCCCAAAUUUGGGAAAACACAUGAGAAUACCGGGAGAAAACGUAGAAAAAACGGGAAAAUAGGUAUAAUAUUAAACAAUUAUCAUUAAAUAGAAUGUUUAAUGCGUAUGUAAUUAUUUUACCUUAAUAUGACACAUAUAUUGUUGACAAAGCAACACUAUCAACUGAACUCCACUCAGAAUCGUUUUUUCGUUAAUAAAUGCUCAUCGUUGCGUACAAAUAAACAUUAAAUUUCCCCUCUACUACCUUCCCAACUUAUCACCUACAACAGUAACCCAUCCACGUGUGAAGUAUGUUCGUAUUUGUUUUCUAUAAAUCUUAAUACCUUUGUGAAAACUAUUGAAAAAAAUGAUUAAUAUAUUUUUAUUAUUAGACCAAAAUGAUAAAAUUAAUUAUAUAUGGCCUACAGCAUUAUGUGCACUGAUGAACUGAUGUAAUAUAAACUAUACCUAUUCGUUAUACUAAAUUUAAAUGAAUUUUAAAAAAACAAUGUUUACAUGUCCGUGUAGUAUGGUUAGACGCUUAUGGUGCUUAUGCCAACGCUCGUGCUUAUAAGCAGUUAGUUUAGACAUACAGUGUUGCUGGAUCUCUAGACGAAUGUAAAUAUGAGUAUUUUGAUUGUACAAUUUUCAUCACAGUUAUCAGCUGUUAAUUGUUAUCAUUACUAUAACUGUAACGAUUAACGAUGUUAUUUCAAAACUUGUUAAAAUGUUAUUUAUUUCAAACAUUUUUAUUUCUAUACAUUCAUAUAAAUCGUAGUAUGAACAGCGUGUUAUACAAAUAAUAGUAACUUAUUAUUUGGUAAAAAUAUCCGCUUCUAUGAUAGGAAGCCAUAUCCCCCCUCCACUUCCUCCCCUGUAUAGUUUUAUCAACAAUACCAGUAAUACGAUUUGGAGUUCGGAAUUAAGUUUUACUUGGAGUGGUUGUAGAGUUACCUUUCUGUAAUAUUUUUACACAAUCCAAAUACGGCCUAUAUGAAUGAAAUGUGGAUAUUUAUUUUAGAUUGUGAGUGGAGCGAAUAAUGUAUUGGUUUUACAAUUAUGUUCAUUUUUUUAAUUUUAUGUGAACACAUUUUCUACCUGAAAGUUUACUCCAAUUAUCAAUUAUAGCACCUUUUCUGAAAGAAAAUGUUCUCUUGGUGGUACUUUAGAGAAGUCAUAUUUUGAAAUUUCCAUUAAUAUUCGAGAUAAUGAGAAAAACCUUUUUCUUUAGGUUAAAAAAUAUUGAAAGAUUAAAAAUGAGGUUGUCAUUGGCAAUAGUUUUUAUUUAUUUUUUGUUAUUAUUAAGUUUUCAUCAUUUUAAAUAUUUUAAAACAAUAUCGUUGUUGUCAUGGAAACGUACAUUUAUGUAACUAAUAUUUUUACCAUAAUGAAAUAUACGAGUAAAUUGUUGACAAAGCAACACUAGCAACUGAUCUCCCCUCAAAAUCGUGUUCCGUUAUUAAUAGUUUACCGUCGCUUACAGAUGUAGAUUAAAUUCCCGUCUGUAUCCUACUUUUCCAACUUCUCAUCUACAAAAAUAACUGCACCCACGUGCGAAGUAUGUUCAUCCUUUUUUUAUUUUUAUAUUUUGACGAGUAGUUAAUAACUCACUAGGAACAUAAAUUAGUAUACAAUUUUGUAAAACUAUGAAGCACAUAUGAAUUAGAAAAUUAUGUCUUUUAUGUAUAUUUAUACGUAUUGAAAGUAUAUUUUACAUUUGUAUGUCACGAAAUUUUCCGAAUAACGAUUGAGAAAUUCAUAUGUUCGGGUGAUUUUGAAGUUUUAUAAUCUAAAAUUUCAAAAAUAUAUUGUUACUUCUGUAACACUAAUAAUACAUAGUAAUAAUCGAUUUUUAACGUUUAAAACCUAUAGAUACUUGAACUUCUCGAUUCAACAUGUUAUUGAAAUUGCCUAUAUAGUAUUUUCACCUAAAGAGUCCAUGAAGAUGGCGUCAAAUAAAGUAUAAACUAAAUUCCAUGGGCUGCUAGCGAUCUAUAUAAACUGUAGUUUAGUUAUAAUAAUAUUAUAAUCCAUGACUAAUGUUUACACACAGCUUCCGGUGCAAUGAAACCAGCAAGAAGCCACUGAAUUUGAAUAUCUAUGAGACAACCAACGACGGAGAUCGUUUGUCUAAUAGGACACUGUUACUACCAUACUACAGCCGUCUCAAGUGCAAGGCGAAGGACAAGUACGAGGAAAACAAAUUCAAACUGUUGGUUAACAAAACGUUAAACCUGAUAGAUUCUGGUCUCAAUUUGCCGGAGGGCGAUUAUUGCCUGGAAUACUACUCUGAAAACGGUAGUAACAGCACAAAGGUCUUAGCCUUGGCGUGCGCGCCUUUCGUCAAAUUAUCGGAGGAUGAUACCAAAGGCAGCUGGAAAUACUGGCUGAUUCUGUUCGGUUUCGUGCCGUCCAUAGUGUGCCUGUCUAUCACGCUCAUCGUCUACGCCAUGCUUUCCACCCUCCGCAACGUGCACGGUUACUACGUCAUGUGCUACAUAGCGUGCUUGCUCCUGUCGUUUGUUUGCCUGCUAAUCAUUCAGUGGAUGAGUGACGAAAUACACCCGUCUCUUUGCAAGUUCGUCGGUAAGUAUCUAAUACCUAUAUACCAAGUCUGACAACGCUUCUUUUACCCCCUCCACACUUUGGAUUUGGCAGAUAUCUCGGCAAUUGAUAACUUUGGCGAGAUUAUUGACGUUGCUAUUGGUACAUUAUACCUAUAACCCAUAUACCGUAUUUGCAUAAAAACAUGAAUUUUCCACACCGAUAACCAAUAUUUUCCACUUCUGCACACAUGUUCCACAGAUUUGGAAGAAAAUUUAAAAAAAAUUCACUGCAUAUUCCAUGACUUAAUAUUUAAACAUUUUUACUAAGACCAUUCCACAAAAUUCUGCAUAUCACUAUAUAAAACUACAGGGACACUUGUCUUAAUGGACACCUAUAACGGACACCCCUCUUAACGGAAAAAUAAGGUCCUGGCAAAAAUAUAAGUAUUCCAUUGUAUUUUGACCUGUUUAUAACAGACUUUUUCUAUUACGGAUAUCGGACAGUAAUAAUUUCCCCCGAUAUCUAUAUAGUGGAAAACUAUUUUAGUUCAAAAUCAAAUAUAUUGCAAACAUGUACAUACAACAGCGUCACCGGUCUAUUCCGAAUACCGAUUAUAACAGAUUAUAUGUUCGAUAAUGAGGAUAAAGUUAAUUGCGAGGAUAGAAAUAAUCAGAAACACUUAUAAUUUAAAGGUAAAGACUAUUCAGAAUGCUUAUUCCAUAUCCCUUCGCUAUAAUAAUGUUGUAUAUUUUUCUCUGUUCGUUUUUAUUUGUAAUUUAAUUUUUUUCUUUGUAAAGCUACAUCGCGUACCUUUCUAUUACAAACACCUGUCUAUCGCUUUUUGUGGUUCCAUAACUGUUCGUUAUAUACAAGUUUCACUGCUUGUGAAAUUUGUUUUACAUUACAUUGAAUUAUUCUUCAAUAACUUACUAAGUAUUUCAUUGAUUAUCAUUAAUCAUUCAUUUGAGUGCGGUUUUUAAAAAUGUAAUUGGUUUAGGUUUACAAUCAAAACUUAAACGUGUACGAAUUAAUUUUAAACAAUGUACAAAAAAAAAAAAAUAUAUUUUUUAAUUGAAUAGGAAUAAAUAAUAUAAAUAAUACGUAAGAACAUAUAAUAUAUACCUGCGUUUUAUAUAUUUUUUUUAAAAGUAUUAUUUAUUAUACUAUAUAUUUUAAUACAUGUACCAGGUGAUUAAUUUAAGUCAGCACGCUCAUUAUCUCGAAAAGUAUUAACUUUUUCCAGAAUUUAUUUUCUAGAACAAUUAAAAAACAAGCAGCUCUACUAUUUUAUAUUUAUGUUAUUUUUUGUUGCAUUUUUUUUUGGGGGGGGGGGGGUAAAAUCACUACCUACUUUUGAUUUUCAAAUAGAAACUUGUAUGAAAAAUUCCAUAAAUAAAUCAAAUAUUAGUUAAAUAAAUUUAGUAUUGACAUUUUUAAAUUCCGUCAAUCUGUUAACGAGAUAUUCCACUUCUGUGUAUUGGAGGAGAGUAUUGGAUUAUCAUUUGUAUGAAGUAGUAUGGUGCGGGGCGUGUUAAUAAUAUAUCACUACUCUCCUCCAUCCCAAACCUAAAAGUGGAAUAUCUUUUCAACGGCUUGUCAAAAAUCAAAAAUGUCAACACUAAAAUUUUUUUUAACUAAUACUCCGUCCAUGUGUGCAUUUUUUAAUGUAGGUUGCCAUUUGAAAAUUAAAAUUAAGUAGUGAUUUUCCCUUAAAAAUAACAUAAAUAUAAAAUUGUAGAACUGCUUGUUUCAUAAAUGUUCUAGAAAACAAAUUCUGAAAAAGUUAAUACUUUCCGAGAUAAUUAAUACUCACUUAAAUGAGUCACCCGGUACAUAUUUAUGAAAUACGUAAUUGAAAAUUAAAAAGAUGACACAUAAAAAUAUUUGACGACUAUUUUUCGGUAUUUUAAAUUAAAUUAUUCUUUAGUAUAUUAUAUCAUUUAGUAUGAUUAGUGAUAAUAUAAUAAUAAUAAUAGUAUAAUGUGAUGAAAUAUGUUGUGGUUUUGAACUUUUAAACUGAUUAUUUAUUUACCUAUGCAAGUACCUGUACAUUUUUAGAUUAAUUUCUGGGUUACUAAUUCAAAUUAUAUUUUUAGGUUAUUCCACACUAUUUUUGUUGCUUGCUACAUUUUGCUGGUUAAACGUAAUAUGCUUCGAUAUUUUCUGGAUUUUAAGGUAAAUAAUUUAUAUUAAUUGUUACCAAUCAUUUUUUUUUUUGUUUUCUUUGUAUUUAAAAAAUGUGUGCCAACUAUUAUAAUGCUGUAAAAGCAUAUUGAAAUGUUUUAUUUUUCGACAAAACUAAUUUAUUAUUCGUCUACGUUUUGUUUUAAACAUUUUAUUAAAAAUGUACAAAGUUUAUUCAUUUAUAACUAGGGCAGAGAAGUAAUAGUAAUUAAAAUUUGAAAAAUAUGGACACAAAAAAUUGAAAAUAUUCAUACAGAUCAAUUAAAAAAAUUAAAACAAAAUAAUGUAUAUUUCAGAAAAAUUAUUUUACAAAUUACUUGUUUAUAGAAAGGAAUAUAUUAUAUGAAUAAAAAUAAAAAUUAAUCGUAUUUACUUAUCAAUCUUGAUAUUAUUCUUAAAAUAAAUAUUAAAUACAUUUUUAUAAUAAUAUUUUUUAAGUAACUUUUUUCUCACUUGAUAAAUUAUUGCAUUGCAAAACUAAUGUUUUUUUUAUUUCCUAUAUCGAAUGAUCACAAAUUGUCAGCCAGUAUGGUUUUGUAACGAAAAAACUUCUUUUAACGUAAUAUGUAGUUAUUCUUAGUUUACAAGGAUUGGAUUUACAGGUACAACAAAUCGAUUAACAAAAUCUCUUCGAUUACGAUGCGUACUGUAAUAUACAAUAUUUAUUGUUGGGGAUUUUCGAGCACAUGGACAUGUACCGCUUUCAUAUUUCAACAUUCGGAACAUCCUGGGUUGUCCAAAUUUUCGCCAGAUCUCGGAACUAAAAGUUGUUGGUUUUCCGGUAAGUAUGUGAUUAUUUAUGUAAAAAAAAAAAAAAAUCCGCUCGAAAUGGUAUAAAACAAUUUCUAGACAUGGGUAUUCUAAAUAUAUUUUAACAUACUUUUUUUUGGAAGCAUUUAAUACUGUAUUCCUAAUAUAUGUAAAAAUAAUUGCUUUUUGCCGCGUUCAUUUAAGAUACUGAGUGUUUAACUAUAAAAUACCUAUUAACUUUUUUUUUCUCGGAAAACUUUUUUGUAGUCAGUAAACAUACUUUUAUAUUAUCGCUCGUUGCUAUAAAGAAUUCAGAAUUUCCACCUGGUAAAACAUUAUUUGAAACUUUAUUAAAAAUCCUAACAGACAGUAAAGAAUUCGGAAUCUUUUGAAAAUAAAUGUUUGUACAGAAUUCAAAUACAUAUUAUUCAGAAUACUAUUUGUUGUAUACAUUCGAAAAUUAAGUCUGAAUUAAUUUAAACAAUUUUUUCCUAAGUCUAACAUUUUUAAUAAUAACUAUUUGUGUUUAAAACAACAUAAUAUAUACACAUAUUUGAAUCAUGUCUGAUAUUAGAAAACAUCAAUUUCAUAUGCAUAACACGUUAACCUCAUUUUUUAUUUUAUUGAAUUUAUAAAAUAUGAGUAUAAGGUAUAUAAUUUAAUUAAAAAAAAAGAAAAUAAUGUAGAUAAACAUCCCAAAUGUAAAUUCGAGAGGGUUUUUUCUAUAUAAUUUACAUAAUAGUAGUAAUAAAAACCACAAAUAAACUCCUUGGUCACCUAACCUAUUCAUUUUAACGCGACAUGAUAAUUUCGAAUAUUUAAUUUACUUGUAUAGUAAUAUACAUAAAUUAUUUUGUUUUUAUUCUUCAAUAUUAUUAUGGUAUGUAACUAACAUAUAAGUGUAACAAUUGUUAUUCCGAAAUCCAAAAUUAAUCUAAACAAAUUUAAAUUCCAGCCAAACGUUUUUUUUUUUUUAAAAAUAAUUAUUAUAAUAUAUUUUAUCACUCCCAAUAAAUAUUCAUAAUAUUUUCUUGAUGUUUAUAUUUUUUUUUUCUGUGAACAACUUUUCUAACAGAAAUUUUGCUCCAAUUUUCAAAUAUAGCAACUUUUAUGAAAAGAAAUUUACUGGAGAGGUACUAUAUUUUGAUUUUCAAAACAAAGUACUACUAGGCAGAUGCAAUAAAAAAUAGAGAACUCAGAAAUACAUUAUGUCUUCUAUAUUAAUUAUAUAUAAGUACCUAUUACCUAUAUUACUCACGUUUCAUAUUAUAAUGUCGUAUUUACCAUGACAAAUUAGAAUUUGAUUAGAAUUACUUAUUGGUUAUUAAUUAAUGAUUGCUUAUAGUCUUUACUGUUUACUAUCAUACUCAAUAUCUAUAGCCUGAACUUUACAAAUUAUAUUUUUGUAAUAGUAAUAUUUUAAAUUUUUAAAUUUUUAUGUUGUAUAAUUUAACUGUUAAGUACCAAUUGUGCGAAGAAAAAUGAAAAAAAUAUUAUAUUCAUCUUUGGCAAGUGAUUUACUAACAGUACUAUAGGCAAUGAUAAUAAAGACAAAAUUAUUAUGGACCUAUUGGUCGACAUACACACCUUUUCAGGUGAUUUUUUAAAAUCAAACUAAUAAACCUAAUAACAAUAAUUGUGUAAUUUUUGAAAAUGCCUCAAUUUCCCCCUCAAAAAAAAAAAAUGAUAAUAAUUUUGCUACAUGCCUAUGUUAGAUAACCAACCAUAAUACUACCUAUAACAGUACCUGUUGCAGUAUUUAAAAAAACAAUUUUAAUUUUGUACAUUGCGAAAUGUAAUAAGGUUUUAUAAAUUAUGAGUUUUUAAAAGCAAUGUGCGUGUCCGCCCACACAUUUUGUUUUGUACUUAGUAAAAUGAAUUAAUAAAAUAUAAUAACUUUAGUUGACAUAACAAUAUCUAAGUAUUACUAUAUACAGGUGAUAAUAUAAUAUAUAUGAUUUUCUACCGUUUAGAGGAUAUAUUAACGUUACUAAAAAAUAUUUAAUUAUAUUAAAACCAUUACCACUCCCCCUUUCCCUCUCCCAAAAGUAAAUAAUUCGGAAUCAUCCAUGUUUAACUCACUAUUAGUUGUAGGGAGACACGCGUAAUAAUAACUGACAAGUUUAACAUAAAUACCGUUAAAAAUAAAUAGUAAUCACUAUAGCUGUCCCGCCCGGCACAGCGUUGACCGAAUCUAAAGAAAUGAUAGAAAAACUAUUAUUCCUAUUACCAAAAUAACCCAUAAAUACCAACAAUAAUAACCCUACAAUAGAUGACAUUUUAUUUUUUUUUUUAAAUUUUUUUUUUUGUCCAUUGAGCACUUUUUUUUAUAGGAUAAAUGAAAAAAAUUAAUUUUUUUUAAAUCCUACGUAGAUAAUUUAUUUUUUACAUUGCUGCUGAUAGGAAACAUUAUGUACUCAUGGUAAUAAUUUAUUUUUUUUUAAAUAAUGUUUUAUAGACAUUUCAAAACAUUGUAAUCUGUAGGUAACAUAAGGCAUUGUAGGGAUAAAAAUAUGUAUUUUAGAUUCUGAGUGGCGCGGAGAUGAAUGUAUUGGUUUUACAUAUUUUUAUUUUUUUAUACUGUGCAUACCAAUUCUACCAGAAAGAUAAUUUUCUUGGGGUACACAGUGUGCCAGAAUAAGUUCAAAACGAGACAAAAAUGAAUAAUUUGAUGUUCAAAAAAUAGGUAGAUUAUUAAACUUUAAUAAUAGUAGGAUAAACCUAAGUAGUCCAUUACAUCGUAAGAUUAACGAUUAAUAUAUUAGAUAACAAGCUAUAAAUAUACGUAUUAUUAUCUUAUAUUAUAUUGUAUUAUUACCUUUCUAGUUUCUGAUAUUAUUUGCACUAUUGUAUAUUACUCGUUUAUUUCUUAAUAUUCGUUUAGACAUUAAAUUUCGAAAUGACAUUAUUGGAUACAUCGAUUAUUAAGUAGGUAAUAAUAAUAAUAUUUUAUUGGUCAUUUUUUGAUUUUCCCGGGAGAUUUCCUAGGAAAUUUGUAAAACUGGGAAAACAGGUAAAAUAUUAAAACAACAUUAUUCUUUUUAAAAAAAAAAAAUGUCAAAUCUUUAAUAAUUUAAGAAUAGUUUGCAAUACAUAUAACUAAGAGAUGAAAAUUGUAUUUGUUGUAUACCCCAUCGUAUGGGGUAUUAUUGGAGAGUUAGCUAUUAGAAAUGCAAUUAAGUUGGAAAUUUCAUAGCAUACAAGCUCCUAAGGUCGAUAACAAUAUGUUUCUCUGCCUCUAACUUCCCAAAUAUGCGUUUGAAAAUUCUGGAUAAAUUCAAGAAAGUAGCAUUUAAUAUAAACGCUUCCAACGGAAAUCAUUUUAAACAAAACGUAAUAUGUUAACUUGCAUACUAUGUAUGUAUUAUGUAGUGCAUAUAAUACACAUUACUAUGGAACCUUAAUUUGGUGUGUUUACGAUUCGAACUAAACAUAAGAUAAAAAUAAUGGGACGGCCUUAUUUUUUGGCCAUCACCAUUAAAAAAAAAAAAUUUGUAAAUACUGACCACUUGUCUACUUUAUCUCUAUACUGUUUCAUAAUCACCAGUAUCCAUUCGCUAUUAUUUUGUUCUUUUGGGUUUUUUGGACAUUUUUUGUUUUGCUACUAAUCAAUAUUAUUGGUUUGAUUUAUUUUCGCAUAACGAUUUCACUUUCGAGAUAUUUUACGCGAAAUCAUGACUGGUACCUGAACGAGCGUGCCAUAAUUAUUAUUAGGUAAUAUUUGUUAUAGGUAUAUGCUUUCCUCGAAUACAACGACAUCGACGUAAACGUACACCCACUUGCUAUAUGAGUAUAGGUUUUUAACAUGUAAAAUUUAUUUUACUCGUAUAAGGUAAUAUUCUUAUUCAUUAAGACGUAUGGAGAAAAAUAGCAGAUACGAGACAGGAGACGGGUGUGGCCACUGUUUUAGGUGAGUAGUUGGGAAGGUGGGAUACAUAACCAACAAUAAACCAUUGCUUACGAAAAACAAUUAAAAGCCAAGUUCUUUUAUACAAGUUUUGAUAGGUCGUAUUAUUUACGAUUUUACGAUUUUUUUUUUUUAUAAAUACAUCACAUCAAGUACAAUCAAUUUUUAUUUUUUAUUUUACCACUUAAGGAUUACUUAUUAUAUACCCCCUGUCAUAUUUUCAAUUAUUUCUUACCUAAUAAAAAUGACGUAAGAAAACUAGCAAAAAUUUAAUGUCUUGAAUGUUUUGAAAAUUUGACAACAUUCAGAAAAAAAAAAUAAAACUUUUGGUCAAAAUAUUAAGUCUUUACGAAUUGUUUUAACUGAAUUACAUCUUAUGCACCGAUUAGACAAAAAUGUAUUCAAAAAUGGUACUCAAUUCCCUCUCUUGCCCCGAUUUAUAAAGAUACAUAGAAGCAAGAUUUCUUUCCGAGAAGUUUUUUAUAGACAGAAUUUUUUUUUAAAUAUUAAAAAUUGCUACGCUCUUAAAAAAGUACAUAUUGUAGUAAAACUAAUAAAAAAAAAAAAAAUGAAACUUAUACGUCAAUUAUUGUAUACGUAAUACCUGCUAUAAUAAUGGAGAAAGAAAACAGUAACCGAUAUGAUUGUCUAUAGAUAUGCACGUAAUAUAGAAAGCCCGUGUUAUUAUAAUAAUGAUAACAAAAAAUCUGAUUAAUUUUUGAACGAAUCAUUCAAUAAUUCUGGUUAGUAGUUGUAGUAUUCAUAGUAGGUACUAUACUUCUGGUAUUAUUAAUUUACUAGAGGCAUUUUAGAUGAAGACAAAAGUCAGCGAAUAUUACGAUGAUUUCUUGUUAUUAUAAUAUUAUAUUGUUUAAAAGAUAGGCACCAAAUAGCACAGAUCUCGUGAUUUUUUCCUCGUCGCGGUCGGGCGAAAUUCACUAUGGGAUACAUUACCUAGGCCUAAAUACAAAAAUAUUUUACUUGUGUCAAGGAAGUAGGUUACGAGUGGUACGACCUAUGAUUUAUUUAUACACUGUUAUACAAUAUCCUGCUUAAGGAUAUUAUAGUAUUAUUAUUAUUGGCCCUGAAACCGUGUUUUAAUAAUAUUGUUGUUGUCUUAAUACGAAUUAUUGACAUGCACACAAAUUGAUGAGUAGACACCACCAUCACAAAUGUCUAAAAAUAUUUUAUAAUUUUUCAUACUCAAUAUGUAUAUUAUGUUUUCGUAUGUAAUUUAUCAUACGCAUAAUUUAAUUGAUUUUAUGUCAGAUUUAUUGAUUUUCCAAGGGGUUUUCAUAAUAAUUAGGAACAGUGAGAAAACAAAAAUUCGGAAAAGCGGAAAAAUAUUUACGGUAUGCUGUGUCGAUUUCGAUUUCAUAAUUCUCAAUUGUUACGAUUUUUAUUUUCUAUCAGAAAUGUUUCAAUCAAAUUAUCACCUAAGACCUUUUUUUUUUUGACAUUAUAAAUCUAGUUGGUGAGUAAAUCUAUAUCUAAUUAUUUAUGCAGUUGACAUAAUAAUUGGAAAAAAACUGGAAAAAGUCAUAGAAAUUUAAUGAUAUUAAUGUUUAUGAUUUAUGGUUUCGUUGUUUUCGAUUUUGGUUUUUAGUUAUGAAUCGGUUAAAUAUUAUUGUAAAGAGCUAAAAUGUUCUAAAAGGUGUUUUAGCUAUCUAUAUAGGCCUUUUAUUCGUAUAUUUGCCAAUAGCAUUCAUUAUAAGUUGUACUUAAUGACUAAAAAAAAAAAAGAGUUGAUACUGGGAAUGGGAACGUACACUGUUUUAGGCGAGAAGUUGGGAAGGUAGGGUAUUUAUAAUAAGGUUAUUUAAUUUAUAUCUGUAAGCAACGAUAAAUCAUUGCUUAACGAAAGAUGAUUCCGAGCGCAGUUACAUAAUGCAUAAUUUGUAGUGAAGUAUUUUUUUUUUUUUUGCGAUUUUAUUUUCGUUUAAAUUUGAUUUCAAAACGCUCAUUAAAAAAAAAAAAAAUUCGUCCAAUGAUUUUGUAAAUUUUAUCGCGUCUAGGUAAGUCCAAUAUAAAUACUAUGACUAAGUUUCAAGUCUCUAAGUAUAUUUACAACCGAAUUAUAGCAAAAAACUCUCAAAAAUUAAAAUUCCUAAAAAAACUCAAAAAAUUCUCAAAAGUUUUGGCGAUGAUACCGUCAAAUGGCAACAAAAAAGGUGUCUUGUGAUUUUUCGAUUAAAUCAUUUUUUUCUAGUAGAAAAUGUCGUCCGUGUUUUUAUGAAGUAAUGAAAUCGUGAAAUUGUACAUUUUCCUACGUUUCUUCCCAUUUCAGUACUAUUAUUUAAGAGAUGGCGUCAAAAAUAAAAAAAAUUACCUUACUAAAGUCACGAUACAGACAACUUGAGCUUUCAGUAAAGUUGCUACACUUAAAAAUCGGAGAAAGUUUACUAGGAAAAAACGUGUCCACAGUCUAGAACAGAGAAAAAAAAGAAAUUAACAUCUUAGUAAAACCAAUUGGUCCCUCGUUACGCUCGGAAUCUAAAACAGAAUAUGAUUAUUUUAUUAUAUCAGGAGAUAUUAUAAUGGGUAAACUCGUAUGUACGUGAGACAUCCUAUUUAUUUUUUUUUUUUAACUUUUGAAAACACACAAUAUAAAUUACGGCAUUGUUUUUCGUUCUAGUGAUUUUUCCCGUUAAUAUUUUAUACGUAAAGGCACGACACGACGAGUAGAUUUGGUAGGUACUAGUACUUACUAAAUAAAAACUGCAUACAAAACUAAAAAAAUGUAAAAUGCAUCUAAAUAGCAAAAAAAUCACCAAUUUAUUUAAAAAAGUUUGGCCUCAUCUAUAAAAGGCCAAAUUAAGUUUUCUGUCAUUUUUAACUGAAUUACAAUAAAAAAAGAUGGACAUACUUCGCACGUGAGUGGGCCACUGUUGUACGCAAGUAGUUGUGAAGGUAGAGAGAAAAAUUAAUGCAUAUCUGUACCUAACGAUUAACCGUUGCUAACGAAAAACGAUUUUGAAUAGUGUUCGGUUAAUAGCCGCUGCUUUUUUCAACUAUAUAUGUGUCACAUAUGGUAAAAUAAUUACAUAUACAUUGUAUAUUUUCUUUAACAAUAUUUGUUUAAGUUUUUAUUUGUUUUUCCAGUUUUUCCCGAUUUUUGGAAAAAUCAAAAAACCGACAUCCCUAAAGUAUCUCCCCAAUCCGACCUAUUUUCAGAAAAAGUGUUAUCAUCCUAAACUGGAGCAAAAUUGCUGGUAAAAAAAUGUUUCCAGAAAAAAAAAAAAAAAUAAACAGUUUUAAAAAAAAUAAAUUCCUCGUUUCACUCAGAAUCUAAAACACUUAAUUAAUACGUUCAGGUGAAUACGAUCAGAACUAGAAAAAUUGCUAUUUUUAAUAACGCAUAUUCAACAACACAUUUUAACUUAUUAUUUUGGUGUAUAUUAUGUUUUAUCUGUAUUUUGUGGUAUGAGUCCUGCUUAAUAAAAAUGACGUAAAAAAUUCGUAAAACUAAAAUGUCUAUAAACAGCUUAAAAAUUUAUCGAAUGUUUUGAAUAUUUUAUUACAUCUAAAAAAUGCAAAUACAAGUUUUCUACUAAAUUUCAAGUCUACGAAUAUUUUCAACCGAUUUCCAAUAAAAAUGUAUUCAGUUAUUUUAAUCAGAACACGGAAAUCUAAAAUAACGUGUUGUGUAAUGUUUCUAGAUUACGUAAACAAAAAAAAAAAAAACAAAAAAAAUAGUGUAAAAACAAUAUUAAUAAUAUGUACAAACACAAUGCGAUAUAUUAUUAUUAUUAUAUAAACGUUCGGUUUGACAUCUCUACAUCGUUUCCCAGCGUAAUAGUGUCACCGCUUGCCAAAAACCUUGACCCGUCAUUAGUAAAUGAUAAUAUGUGAUGCAAACGCGCAAAAAAAAAUAUAAUAUCAUAUUAUAAAUAUUUUUGUUUUUAAAUAUAUAAAUUACUGGAUGUAAACGUGAGUAUAUUGAGUGCUCACUCAGUAUAUGUCUCAUAGGACGUGUGGUUUUAUUGGACACUUUUCCAGACUUAUAAACAACAGAUAACUGUUAUAAUCGUUACCAAAUUGGUCGAAUGUUAAAGGCGUAGAGCGUAAGCCAGCGAUCUAAUUUCAGGUAUUGAUUUAUUUCAAGUUGUGUAUAGCUCUUCUGCGGUAUUCUAUAGAAAGUGACCACGUUUAUACGUAAAACGAACUAAGGUAUCAUACACAACAGUCAAUUAUCUAAGAGAAAAGGAUCACCAAGUGCAACAGCCUUCUUCGAUUCUGCACCUACUACAUAGGCGUAGAAAGUAUACCAAAGAUAGAAGCCCGCUUUAGGUUGGGAAAAUAUGGUUUCAAAAAUGGGACAAAAAAUUAUUUAAGAUUUACUCUGAAAAAAAACCUCAACAUUUUUUUUUAAAUUUCUAUAUUUUACUGUAAAAAUCAAGAUAGUUUCCAAGGACUUUUAUAUUUUAAUAAAACAAUUGUAUGUAUUCCAUUUUAUUGUGCCUAUAAAAAAAUUGUCAGAAUAUUUUUAUUUUUAUUGGAUUGAUGUCUAAUGCUUAUCGUUUUCUCUAUUAUAAUCGUUUGUGUCAUAUAUUAUUAUUAUUAUUAUUAUUGUUUUUUUUUUUAAUCAAUUGCGUUUAAUAAUUAUUAUUUUAGUUGUGCAAAAAAAAAAAAAACCAAAAAUCAUUACAAAAAUAUAUUUUAAAAAUAAUAAUUUCUUUGAUAAUAUAGAUAGGUUUAAAACAGCGAUUUUUUCAUCCGUCAAUAACUCAUUCAUAAUAAAAAAUAUUCUUUCUAUUUCAUUAAUUUCAAACAUAACUAGAGAAUAUUCUGCCAAAAAUUGUUGAUAUAUAUAUAUAUAUAUUUAUUCUUUCUAAAAUUAUAUAGACACUACAAAAUCAUUUUUUAAUAUAUAACUACAAUUAUUUUGCCAUUUUUUUAAAUUUUAAAUGUUAAUUUGACAUUUAUUAUGUCAUUAAAAAAAAUCAUACAUGAUUAUAGUCAUUCAAAAUAUCAUCUCAUUCCCGUCGAUUAGUUUUUUUAAAAAAAUGUUCAGCUUUCUUGAAUGUCAUACUAUAUUGUAUUGUUUUAAUAUACCAGUUUUUCAUUUAAACACGUAUAAUUAUAUGGAAUUAGUGGGAUUAAAAAGGAACUAUUAUCUAACGGGACGAAAGGCAAUUGAACGGGCAACCAAACAUGAAUAAAAAAGGGACACACCCGUUUUAAAUGGUACGUAUGGUAACCCCAAGUGUAAGAAGUAGAAUAUGAGUGUGUCCAAAUAACUGUAUCUACCAGGUGAUCCAUUUAAGUGGGCACACUUAUUAUCUUAGAAAUUAUUAAGUUUUUCCGGAAUUUGUUUUCUAGAACAUUUAAGAAACAAGCUGGUCUGAAAUUGUAUAUUUAUUUUAUUUUUUGUGAACACUGUUUGUCACAACACAAUUUCAACAUUGAAAUUUAUUUUAACUAAUACUUCAUCCAAUUAUGGAAUUUUUAAUAAAGUAAAUAAAUGUAUAAAUAAAAUAUGUGUUUAUAAAAAUAUCAUAAAAUAAAUGAAUGAAUGUAUCGCCUAGAAUAUUAUGCGACCGGUUUCGAAUUAAAAAUUCAUCAUCUGGUAUAUCACAGUCAAAAUUUAAAACGCUACUGUAAAUACAAAAUUAAAUGAAGGAAUAAAUAAAAAAGAAUUAUACAAAUUGGUCUUUUUACAUAGAAUAUAGAAAUAAUUUACUUUAAAAUGAGAGAUUAUUUAAAAUUAGUUAUUAUUAAACAUAGAUAUGUUAAGAAAUAUACAUUUUUUGGUUAUAUAAUUUGUAUAUGCACUCUAGCAACUUACCUGAAGUAAACGAGAAUAACUAAAUAUAGUACUUGAGGCUUGGACACACAAAACGUGGUCUGUUGCGACGGGACAAUAUAGAUCGCGACGACAAGCGAUAAAGGUAACAAAAUUACAAAAUUCUACGCUGGCAGUUGGCGAUAUGUUUUUACAUUUUUUUAAAUUGUUGUAUUAAAUUUAUAAUAUGGUGGAAGAAACGGAAAUUCUCAUUGAACAAGUUAGAAAACAUUUGUUCUUAUUCGAUAUAUCCCAUUAAGAUUAUAAAAAUGUAGUAAAAAAAUUGUUCUUUUAUUUUAUUUCAAAGGGCAGGUAGAAAAAGAAGUUGCUCUUUGUCAAAACUUGACAUAUUGAAUAAAUAAUAAGUAGUAUAGCUACAGAACAAUGAAAAAUAAUAUGUAUUUGUAACUAUAUGACAACAACCAAAGUUGGAUAUAAUAUCAUCGUAACAACUGUGAAAAAUAUAGUGUUUAUAGUUAAUGACAUAGAGCGUAACUCAGUGCUCCAAUCGCAGGUGUUGAUAUUUUUUAAAUUGUGUAUAGCCCUUCGGCGGAAAUCUUUAGAAAGUUACCACGUCGAAAUGUGCAUCGAAGCAGGGUAAGAUACACGACAGAUAGGUAUAUAAGAAUAGAAAUUCCGAAUAUAGCAGCUCACCUUCGGUUCUGCAACUAGGUAUUAUAAUUGUAGAAGAAAGUUUGGAUAGGUAUUUUCAGUUAGGUUAGGGAUGAUAGGAAAAGAGUAGAGAAAGAAGGGUGUUCUGUUGGACGAACCCAGAAAAGAAAAAAGACAACGCAUUGACGCGUACCUUAUAUGACUUCCGCGUUCUCUCCUUUAGUGAUACUGUCGAUUAGUGUGGUGUCCUAGGUGGUGUUACAUGUAAUUAAUUUUGCAACUACAGCGUGGUGUACUCUGGCGGUAAAUGUAUUUAACUAAUAGAUGUUAAUUGUUUUGGGAGCUGGUAGUUGUAUAAUGGCACACUGUUUAUUUCCAAUACUAAAUAUUUAAUAUUAUAUUAUAAAUGUUUGAAAUUCAAAUUUUUUCCUCCGAUACGAAAAUAAAAUAUUAAUCAUAAUAACUACGGUCUAUAAAACUUGUAGACGACCAUACCAAAAACGUACAAGUUCAUAAAACAUAUUAGAACUUAGUUUACUAUCAAGUAUCAAGUUCAUUUCUAGAAAAUUAAAUGCAUUCAGGUGAAAAACGUAUUAUACAAUUAACUCGUUCCAUAUUAAGGCGUUCUUCCUCGUCACAAUACCUUUAUAAUUACAAUAUUACAAUAUUUAUUAUUUGUGUACAACAUUGUACAAUGCGUGAAUAAUAUAGGUGUAUAUGAUAUGUGUAUUAAAUUUGUUUUUAUUUUCCCAGAGGACAACUACGGCUCAUUCAUUUUCUUUACACUACCCUUGUCCAUUAUGCUGAUUGCCAAUUUGAUUUUGUUUGGUCUUACGGCCGUACAUUGUUCAAGAAUCAAAUCGGAGCUUAACAAAUUUAAACGAACCGAUUCCAAAACGCGACGGAUUCAACUCGAUAUGGAAAAGUAAAUUAUUAAAAUUAGGUAUUAUUGUCUGCCAUUUUUCUAACGCAAUAGGAUAUAUUAUUUUAUAUAGUUAAAAAAAUAUUAUAUUUUUGUACAAUAUUGAUCUUGAAUAUAAAAUGUUAUUACCGUUGGGUUCGCAACCAACAAGUUAUAUAAAGAUAUAUUUAUACUUUUAUAUACUUUUUAUUACUUUGUACUUAUAGUUUGGAUAGAAACAUAAAUACAAAUUAACGAAACGAUAAAAUUAUAUUAAAACCACCAAACCAAGUAUCAGCCGCGUUUUUUUUAUGCUAGAAUUAUUUCGUUUAUCUUCUGUUUUAUGUAUAACCUGUAUACUUAAGUAUCUACACAUAUACGCUAAGAAACCCACACAUACAAAAUACUUUUUUUUUUUUUUUUUUUUAAAUUUAAAAGAAUAAUCAAAUCUAAGGGUAAAGGUAUAGGUUUAACGUUUUCACUGACAUAUUCUAUGAAUUGAAAAAAAACACGUAACGUCAUUGGGCCGGUCUCACAGGAAUUACUUAUCUUAUACAUAUAAAUGUCGAUCGCUUCACACAAUAAUUGAUCUACCAUUAAUCAUUGUUUAAAUUAAACAAUUUUUACAUUUGUAAGAUAAGCGAUUAUGCUGAGCCCGGGUCAUAACGUCACGUGGUUAUUAUAAAUAUCCUAAUAUCUCUUUAAAUAAUAUUUUUAUUUUUUUUUUUCUAUUGGAUUUUGACAAAGUCGUUUUUAGUAGUUCUUACUAUAAUGGUUUAGCAUUUAAUAAUAAUAUGAAGAAAUAUUUUUGAGGGUUAUUCUUUUAUUGUCGACCAACAAUCAUCAACGAACAUUUUGAUUAAUUUUUAAAACAAAUGAUGUUCUUCUGUAAUAUCAUAUCACUGUAAAAAUAUUAGGUAAACACUUAUGAUGCGUUUUCAAAAUUUUCUUCUAUAGAGAUCACGGACUCUUGAUAGUUUGUUAAUUAUUAAAUCUAAAGUACCUACCAAAUCGAAAUCAUAUUAGGUGUAUGUAAAUUUUGUUCAUAUAUUUUAAAUAUAUCUACUACUUACUUAAAUGUCAUAAUGGCAUAAUUUUAAAGAAUAAUAAUUUUAUACAAUAAAUCAUAUUCAACUCAUCAUGUGAUAAUAUAGCGCAGAAAAAAAAAACACAAAUUAAAACAAUUAAGUAAUAAUUCUUAUUUUUAUAGCCAUUAAAGUGAAUUAUUUUCGGUUUUUCAACAGGUUUGCAAUGAGCGUAAAACUUUUUCUGGUUAUGGGAAUCCCGUGGUCAUUUGAAGUACUAUCGAAAGUCUUAAAAACCAAUUGGUUUAUAUGGUACGUUUUAGACGAGAUCAACGCGUUACAGGGCGUCAUGGUGUUUGUUAUAUUUGUGGCCAAGCGCAAAGUUAUUACGAGCUUACGAAAAAAGAUUAAAGGCUCAUUCGAUCACAAUGAGUCAACUAAAGUGAACACUAUUUCUGGGUCAUCGCAAAGCAGUGCUCACCACAGAAAUUUUAACGAUUUCUAAGUUCAAAAUAUAUAAUACUAUUUACGUAUAUUAUUAUGAUACACGCGAUAGCGAAACUACAAGAGAAAACAAAUAUAAAUUAAAAACAUUCGUUCGAUCCUUUAUUCUUAUGUGAUCAUUCAUAGUUAUUAUUAGAAAACUUAUUAUAUACUCGUAUUUUUGUUUUCACACACACACACACUUUUUGCGUUAAAAUGAUUUGAUCCGUAGGCUGUGUUUUAAAAUAUGUCUUAUGCUAAAAGUACCUUUCCGUGGCAUUUUUGAAAAUAUUGAACACGCACAAAAACUUUUGAAAAACGAUUUGUAAAAAGAAAAACAAAUUAUAUAUUAUACACAUUUAUCCAAAGUAGUAGUAAAUAAUAAUAAAUCGAUAACAACGAUUAAAUUAAAAUUAUUAUAGUCCUACAUGGGUAUUGAGUAUAGAUAUAAGAUAAAUAUGAUACAUAAAUUUAAAAUCAACGCAAACAUCCGAAUCAAAAUUAUCUAAAUAAGCGCUUAAAAACCAUUAUUAAAUGCACGCGAAUAAGUUCUUAAAUAAAUAAACAAAACCUUGGUAUAACCUGGUCAACUGGGUAUCCUUUGGUAGUUACCACGCGUGUCUAAUAAAAAAAUAAAUAUAGAUUAUGGUAAAAUGAGUCCUUUUUUUGUACUAUCGAAAUAUCUAUAAUCAAAAUAAACGUUUUAAUAUUCAUAUUAUUUGAAAUCUUUGUAGCAUAGUAUAUUAAUAUUUUCAAAUAGUUCUCAGUGAUAUUUUGUGUGUUGAAGCGAAAAAAAAUAAGCAAACACUAUACAGAGUUUUCCAAAAUUGCAUGUUACAGUCAAAUUUUUCAUAAAUACCUAUUUUUUAAAAACAUGAUUUAUACAAACGAUUUUCAGAAUCAUAAAUUCUAAAUUAUUACAUUAUUCUUUGUUUUUUAACACUUAUUUUUAUAGAAGAAACCACUGUCCACUUUUAAUUUUUAAAUAUCAAUUCUAUAAUCAAAAUUUGAUAAAUGGAUGAAGUUUUGUUGAAAUACAUUUUGGUGUUGGCAUUUUUAAUUCCCGACCAUUUGUUUAAGAGAUAUUUUCCAUUCUUAAGUUUGGAUAGGGGACAAAUAGUGGAGCAUCAUUUAUGUGACAACGCAGCGUGCAACGUAUAAUUAGCUCCACUAUUUUCUCGCAAUCCAAAUUUAAAAUUGGAAUAUCUCGUAAACUGGUUGACAGAAAUUAUAAAACUUCAACACCAACACAUUAAAAUGUUCAGAAUUUUUAUAAAUAUAGAAAUAUUUUACAAAUUGGCUAUUAUGAAAAUUUUAAAAACUUAUAUUUUUUUUCAAUGAUUAAGGGAUGAAAAUAAAAAUUUAAUUUUUCUCUAUAUUUGUAUUCCCUUGACACAAUAUCUGUUUGAAAAAAAAUUUAAUAUCGACAGAGUUAUUAGCAUAUGAUAAACACUGUAAAAAUGUAUAAACUAUAAAAUAAUGUUAUCUUAAAUACAAAUAUAAAAAUAAAGUUAUGUUGUUUAUUUAUUAUUACUAUUAAACAUUAUAACUGCAGACGCAGCAGUUUCUGAUUAUUUAUGAUAAAUUGAUAAUGUAAGUCAAGGCUGUAUCUAAAGAUGGUCUCUCCAGAAAUUUAUUUCAAAGUAUUGUUUAUUAUUUUCAAGCUAAAUUCUAAUUAUGGUUUUAAAUUUUAAAAAAAAUUUUGGAAUUUAAAAUUCCUUCGAACAUUUUUUUCAGCGAAGUCUUUGAUAUAGUAAAAUAAGUGUAUAGCAUUUAUGAGAAAGAACCAAAGAACUAUACAAAUAAUCAUGUAUUUUUUUUUUUUUAUAUUUUUUUAAGACGAUUUUAUUAUUAUUAUACUUAUAACAAUAUAUUUUUUGUGUUUUUUAAAAUAAUUUUAAAAUAAUAAUCAAACUACAGUUUUCAUGCAGUUUUUACAAAAUCUUUAUACUUUAAAAAUAUUAAAUUUUCACUUAUUUAUGUAUAAGUCUUUAAAUAGAUAUUUUUUAAGUUUUUAAUAUCGCUUAUAUUUUCUAAACAAUUAUUAUUUUAUAUAUAUACUAAUAAUAUUAUGUAAAACAGCGAAAUAUAAUAAUAAG